AUGAGGAGGGACGUGAAAUACGACGACUCGGACUCGGCUGACGAGUCCGACUUUGACGAGGAGUACUUCGAGAGGACAUACCGGCCGCUGUCCAACCUCCCUACUCCGCCCUUGUCGAGCAAGAGCUCCCCCUUCCAGAGCCCUCAGGUGUCGCCCGACCCCACGACGGCAUUGGAUUCUGGACUGUUCGGACCUGCUGUCCAUCUCGUCAACCUCCUCCCGCCAGCCGCAUCCCUGGCCACGCCCUCUGUCCCACUGGUCCAAGCAAUGCUCGCCAGGGCCAAGCUGCCCUUGGAGACCAUUGCACUGGCUGUCUGCAUUCUGGACUCUCUUGACAGCAAGUUCGCCCGCACCUGGCGCCUGUCGUGCCCCCUGGCAUCAUCCGACAGCAGCUCCAACUCGAGGCGAUAUACCCUGCCGGCGAGUCCCGUCACGCUCAGGCAGUCCCACAUCGACUUUGUGCGGCCCGAGGUGAUCGUCCUGUGCGCGCUGAUCAUCUCGGUCAAGUUUAGCCAGGACCUCGAGGAGUCGACGCGGCACUACGCCUUGUGCUGGGGCCACGACCUGUGGACCUGCGAGCAGAUCAACUUUACCGAGAACCGCAUCGUGGAGAGCCUCGACUACCGCAUCGUGCCGCUGAUGGACCGCGAGAUCAUCGAGGUCGCCAUGGCGGAUAUGAACCGCGCCGGCAAAUACGCCACCGCGCAGCAGAAGGCGGCCACGGGUGGUUUCGGCCCGGAAUCCGCCCACGCCAGGGCCCUGAGCACCGGCGAGGCGUGCCUGGGCCUGGGCCUGCAGCUCACACCUGCCGACACCCCAGGAGCCUCGGAAGGGUGUGGUCUGACAGCCACCGCACUCGCAGAGGCCACACAGGCUGCCUUUUCUGGACCGCCCUCCAUCACCCCGGAGUCUCUUCGCCUUCCUACCGGCCAGUGUGGGGCACACCCCUGA